UUUCCCUCUCUCUCCAUGGACAAGCUUCAUCACCACCAGCAACUGCAGCAGCAGCAACUCUCCUUGGCUAAGUGUUCCAGGCAGAGAUGCAAUGAAUGGAUUUUUCGGGAUGUUCCUAGUGAUAUCACAAUAGAAGUGAGUGGAGGGACAUUUGCGUUACACAAGGUAACAUUUUUUCCUCUUGUCUCUCGCAGCGGACGAAUCCGAAAGUUGGUUGCAGAACAUAGGGAUGCUGAUAUAUCAAGGGUGGAGCUUCUUAAUCUACCAGGAGGAGCAGAGUCAUUUGAGUUGGCUGCAAAAUUCUGUUAUGGCAUUAACUUCGAAAUUACAUCUGCAAAUGUUGCUCAGUUGUGCUGUGUUUCUGAUUACCUUGAAAUGACAGAAGAGUUUUCAAAAGACAAUCUUGGUUCUCGUGCUGAAGAAUAUCUAGAGAGUGUUGUUUGCAAGAACCUUGAAAUGUGCGUUGAAGUUUUGCAACAAUGUGAGAACCUUCUUCCUCUUGCUGAUGACCUGAAAAUAGUUAGCCGUUGCAUAGAUGCAAUAGCUUCAAAGGCUUGUGCUGAGCAAAUUGCCUCAAGCUUCUCACGAUUGGAGUAUAGCAGUUCAGGGAGACUUCACAUGAACAGACAAGCCAAAUGUGAUGGGGACUGGUGGAUAGAAGAUCUCUCUGUUCUCCGGAUUGACCUGUACCAAAGAGUCAUGACAGCUAUGAAGUGUCGUGGGGUUCGUCCUGAAAGUAUUGGAGCAUCGCUUGUGAACUAUGCUCAGAAGGAAUUGACAAAGAAAUCCAGUUUAUGGAAUCCUUCUAGCCAGACAAAAGUUGAUCUGAUUUCAACAGGGCAUGAAAGACUUGUGGUUGAGACAAUUGUCAACCUUCUGCCAGUUGAGAAACUUACUGUUCCAAUCAGUUUUCUUUUUGGUCUUUUGCGAAGUGCUGUGAUGCUUGAUUGCACAAUUGCUUGUAGACUUGAUCUAGAGAGGCGAAUUGGUUCCCAGUUGGAUAUUGCAACUAUUGAUGAUCUUCUGAUUCCUUCCUUCCGGCAUGCAGGUGAUACUUUAUUUGAUGUUGACACAGUUCAUAGGAUCUUGGUAAACUUCUCACAGCAAGAUGACAGUGAAGAUGAUAUGGAAGAUGCUUCUGUUUUUGAAUCUGACAGUCCUCAUUCACCGUCUCAAACCGCAUUGUUCAAGGUGUCAAAAUUAAUGGACAAUUACCUCGCUGAAAUUGCUCCUGAUGCAAACCUCAAGCUUUCCAAGUUCAUGGUCAUUGCAGAAACUUUACCAGAACAUGCGCGAACCAUACAUGAUGGAUUAUAUCGAGCAAUUGAUAUUUACCUUAAAGCUCAUCAGGGUUUACCAGAUUCUGACAGGAAGAAGCUCUGCAAACUGAUUGAUUUCCAAAAGCUAUCACAAGAAGCUGGUGCACAUGCUGCACAAAAUGAACGCCUGCCUCUCCAAGCUAUCGUUCAAGUGCUUUAUUUUGAGCAAAUAAGACUCAGAAAUGCAUUGUGCUGCUCUUAUGGUGAUGAAGACCACAAACCAAUGCCUCAGUCAUGGAGGAUCAGCAGUGGUGCACUCAGUGCAGCAAUGUCUCCACGAGACAACUAUGCAUCACUGAGGCGAGAAAACCGAGAGUUGAAACUUGAGUUAGCUCGGUUGCGGAUGAGAUUAAAUGAUCUAGAGAAAGAACAUGUUUGUAUGAAGAGAGAUAUGCAAAAGUCUCAUUCUCGAAAAUUCGUGAGUUCUUUCUCAAAGAAAAUUGGUAAGCUGAGCUUCUUUGGGCAUAGUUCUUCUAGGGGAUCAAGUUCUCCCUCAAAGCAUUCUCAUAUAACUGAUUCUAGAGUGAACGAAAGAACAUGUGCCAGCACUGAAUAGGUCAUUAGAGUUACCUGGAUCUUUUUCUGUACUGUGAGCCAUGCUCUUGUUAACCUUUUUACUUGACUUUUAUAAAUGUUCCUCGUAUAUUAUUUCUGAUGCUUUGGUUAGCAAGAAUAGAGGUUCUUGUUUGAAAGUCAUGGUUUUUGGAGAGUACAACAUUGAUAUCAUUUGAUUUGCUAUAUGUAAGAAUUUGUCUGAAAUCUUGUAUAGAUGAAAGAAUUUUUAGCUUAA